AACAUCAAUGUCACAUGUCACAACAUAAAUGAUUGCGAUGUUGAUCGCAGAUGCGCGAAUGUAUGUUAUGAAAAAAGUUUGAAUUUCAUGCAAAAUUUCAGUUAACGAUUUUAAAUAAUUUAACAUAUACAUUCAAUAAAAAGUUAAUUCCCUUGGGCCAUGGAAGAAGAAGCGAAGAAACCAGUAUGCCUAAUAAUUUUAGGUAUGGCUGGUGCCGGGAAAACUUCAUUUACUAGACGAUUAGCUGGUAAAGUAAUAAAUGGCUCCAGGCCGUAUUUAAUUAAUUUGGAUCCGGCUUGUCGCGAAGUCCCAUAUCCCGCUAAUAUAGAUAUUCGAGACACAGUUGAUUAUAAGGAGGUAAUGAAACAAUAUGGCCUUGGGCCUAAUGGUGGUAUUGUGACUGCUCUUAACUUGUUUUCCACAAAGUUUGGUCAAGUUGUGGAACUGAUUGAAAAAGCUGGCAAGAAACAUAAAUAUUGUGUUAUUGACACACCAGGUCAAAUAGAAGUAUUCACAUGGUCAGCGUCAGGCACAAUUGUGACUGAAACAUUGGCAUCAUCCUGUCCUACUGUAGUUGUGUAUGUCAUGGACACAGUGAGGAGUGUGUCGCCCGUCACAUUUAUGUCCAAUAUGUUGUAUGCUUGUUCUAUAUUGUAUAAGACAAGGUUGCCAUUUAUUGUUGUUAUGAAUAAGGUAAGUUUUUACUGUGGAUGUUAUAUUAUGCAAACUUUAUGCAUUUAA